AUGUCAGCUGAACAAGAAGCCAGGGAGAGACUGGCUCAAGAACAAGAAGCCAGGGAGAGACUGGCUAAAGAACAAGAGGCCAGGGAAAAACUGGCUCAAGAACAAGAGGCCAGGGAAAAACUGGCUCAAGAACAAGAGGCCAGGGAAAAACUGGCUCAAGAACAAGAAGCCAGGGAGAGACUGGCUAAAGAACAAGAGGCCAGGGAAAAACUGGCUAAAGAACAAGAAGCCAGGGAGAGACUGGCUCAAGAACAAGAGGCCAGGGAAAAACUGGCUAAAAAACAAGAGGCCAGAGAGAGACGUGCUAAAGAACAAGAGGCUGGGGAAAGACUGGCUAAAGAACAGGCCAAACAACGAGCCGAACAGAGCUCCAACUCCUCGAAUACAGUCCCAAGCAACUUCGUAGGUGGCCCUCAGCAGCAAGCCGCAGUGAUUGUACCACCGCAGCAGUUAUACCCUACCCUGACCCAAAUGCCGAACUACCCUGUUCAUGUCAACCAGCCCCAUCCGUUAAUUCAGACUAAUCCUUUUCAACAACCCAACCCUAUGUUCCAACAUUACCCGCAAUUCAACCCACCCCAACCUUGGAACCCCCCCCAGCACGUAAACCAUCUCAGGAACCAACCUAAUUCCUAUCAAAACCGAACGACGCCGACGCCACCGCCGCAAGAUUUCGUCUUUGUAAACGCGCCUGGGCAAAGGGCUCGUCCUGUCAAUAAGAACCGAGGAAUCUAUGAUUGUCCCACAUGUAACCAAAGAUAUGGGUGGAAAAUAUUCCAAUGCCCGAACGGACACAGCGCCUGCAAUGACUGCAAGAUCAGAGGACGAGCCUGCGCCAUCUGCGGACUGUCCCUUACUGGAGUCAGGAACUUUGAGGUUGAGAAUUAUGUAGCUCAGUCACCAACAACCUGCCCAAACAAAAAUGAGGGAUGUAAUUCGAUGAUCAAGCUGAUUAACAUGGACAGACAUCUGGAAUGUUGUCCUUAUAAAGAACAGCAGUGCCCUCUCGCCACCAUCUUCGGAACAUGCCGCUGGAAGGGUAAACUGAGCCAGUUGUCGACUCACUUUGACGAGAUGCACUCAUCGAGCCGCGGAAUAGACGUCGACAAAGAAAUUUACUUAAGAGACAUUCAUAAUUCGAGCCGGCAGGUUCAUCUCGUCGUUAUUGGCGGAUAUAAUUUCUUAUGUCACCUUCAAGUUUCUGAAUCGGACGGCAAAAUCUUCAUGGCUGUCCAACUCUUGGGCAAUACUGCUGCAAAGAAAUGGUCUUAUGAAAUCCACGUUUACAAAAAGUCUGAACCGCGUAGGAAAUAUAUAUACUCGGAUACUUGUGUCUCUUCAAAGAAAGAAGUGUUUAAAUCCGGGAACUGCGCAGUGCUGCCGAUAUCUUAUGCUGCAACCUUCGUCGACAGAGAGGGCAUGGCAUUCAAAUUCUCCAUCCAAAAAAUGGUGAAUGAAAACAACGAAGAAGAUGAUCAGGAUGAUCAGCCUGAAGAAAAUUCAAGUGCGCACAAUGACAACAACAUUAACGAACUACGAGAAAACAUGAAUGUAAAUGAUACUGGUAAGAACUAUUAUAACUAUCGCGGUAGGGGCAGGGGUAGAGGUAGAGGUAGGGGCAGGGGGGCGAAUAAUUACAAUAAUUAUUAUCAGCAUAAUAAUAAUUAG